UAAAGAGUCGGCUCUUAGACACUUUCAUUCUACACUGAGGCGGAACUUCGACUUUAAUUCUACAUAUAUUUAAAUAAUUUCGUUAUAAACUUUAUACAGCGUUUAAUACAGGUGGAAACUAAGUCAUGUCGGCUGAUUAUUCCCAGAGUCCUAGUGAUGAAGGCUAUGAUGAAUAUGGAGGUCAGUCCAACCAGGCUCAGCAGGGUUAUGGAGGAGGAUUCAGCCAGAGUUCAGAAAACAAAACUGGGUCUUACAGCCAGGCAGGAUAUGGCUCCAGCUAUGGCCAGUCUCCACCAGGUAUUUUUGGAUCCUCGCAAGGCUACAACGCACCCACCUCUGGUGGCUAUACCAGCAGCCAGCCACCUGGUGGAGGCUAUAACCAGCAGUCUUCCUAUUCUUCUAGCUAUGGCAGCAGCUAUCAGGUCUCAGACUAUGGGCAGCAGCAGGGCAGAGGUGGAUUUGGAGGACAGAGUGGUGGUUAUGGUGAUAGUGAAGACCAGGGUGGUGGAUACGGAGGGAGCACAGCAUCCCAGCAUCCUCAGCGUUGUCCUUCUCCUCCAUCCAGUCAGUAUGGACAGGGUUCAGGGUACAGUCAGGACUCUCCACCCAUAAGGGAGAGCAGAGGAAGUGUCCAGGAAGACCGAUAUGGGCAGGAUGGCCACGGUGGGCGCGGCCCUCGUGAUGGAGGUCGUGGUUAUGGAGACCGACAAGCUGGCGGGUUUGACCGAGGGGGUCUUGGAGGACCACGUGGCAGAGGGGGAAUUGGAAUGGCCGAGCGUGGAGGAUUCAGUAAGUUUGGUGGACCACGUGAUCAUGGACCUGGUGGGUUCAACAGUUCUACAGUGAAGGAUCAGGAUAAUUCUGACAACAACACCAUCUUUGUACAAGGCCUGGGUGAUGAUUACAGCGUGGAGUCUGUUGCGGAUUUCUUCAAACAAAUCGGGAUUAUUAAGAUGAAUAAAAAGACGGGUUUGCCUAUGAUUAAUCUGUACACGGACAGAGAGACAGGAAAGCUGAAAGGUGAAGCCACCGUGUCCUUCGAUGAUCCUCCUUCUGCUAAAGCUGCCAUCGACUGGUUUGAUGGUAAAGAUUUUAAUGGGAACUCCAUUAAGGUGUCCUUUGCCACUCGCCGGGCAGAAUUUGGACGUGGCGGAGGGGCCAUGAGGGGAGGCAGUGGUCGCGGAGGUCCAAUGGGAAGAGGUGGAUUUGGUGGAGGUAGAGGAGGUGGUGGCAGUGGUGGUCGUUUCCCUGAUAACGGUGGAGGUCAGCAAAGGGACGGAGACUGGAAAUGUUCAAACCCGUCAUGUGAGAAUAUAAACUUUGCAUGGCGCAACGAGUGUAACCAGUGCAAAGCACCUAAAUCUGAAGGUGGUGGUAGAGGAGGAAUGUCAUCAUUGGGAGGUGGAUUUGGAGGCGAGGGUGAGCGUGGAAGGGGUGGAUUUGAUCGUAGCGGGUUUCGUGCUCGUGGUGGUGAUAGAGGCAGCUUCAGAGGGGGCAGAGGAGGUGACCGGGGAGGAUAUGGUCCUGGCAAAAUGGACUCGCGGGGUGACCAUAGGCAGGACCGCAGAGACCGUCCAUAUUAACCUGUGAACUUCUGCCCUGGCCAGACUCAACUCGGGACCAGAAUUGGCGCCACUUUAUUGUUCAACACAGUUGUUAUACAUUUGACAACUAUUUAAUAUGGAUUAGUUUUACCUGGUGAGAUAACCUGCUAUAACUAUUUAUUAUCCUGUAAUAAUAGCAUUUAAUUACAUUAUAAAAUAUUCCAGGUAAAACUAAUCCAGCUCACAUUUCUACACUUUUACUUUCUUUGUUGGAUCUUGUGUAAGAUACAUAGAUAAUGUCGGGGUUUCUCAACUCCAUCUCUGCAGAGUUUCAAGCUCCAGGAACAGAGUUUAGAAACCCUGGACUAGGUUUAAUUAUGGAUGGAAAGCUGAUCCCAGAUGUGUUAUUUAUUAGUUAGAUUUGUUUAUUUUUUUCUGGCUUAUGCUUCUUAAUGAUGUGUAUAAUUGUAUUGUUUUUCUUCUGUUCUGACUAAAUUGCAUCAAGGAUUGAUUUUAUUUUGACUACUUGGUUUUGUAACUUUGAAAAAUUGAAUUGGGAUGUAGAAAUAAAUGUUCCUUGAACUAUUGUUUUUAA